UACACUGCAGAUCCAUACUUUUUCUCAACAACUAAAGUGUUAACUAAAACAAAAGUUUGAACAAUCAUUAAAAAUUAUUCUUGACUUCUUUUUCUAAAAAAUAUGUAGUGCUUUGAGAACAGGGAUCUACCGUUACAUCCUAGGGAGGUAACGUUUCUGACUGGGCGUGGCUUCGUGUGUGAGUCAUGGUGCGUUCAGGGGCGUCAGGGCUGUAGUAGCAGUACCAGUUAAGAACUCUCCUCUGGCGGAGAAGCCUCACGCUGAAGGCGGACGGAAAACGGGGAAAAUGUCCGUACCGUGACUCAGCAUUGGGAUUUAGGGUCUCCAUGGUCUUUUACCCGGUCACAGGAACCGAGGGCCCGCUGGUCGACAUGUUCGACUCGUCGUGGAAGGUGCGGAACAUUUGGGACGGGGUGAGGCUUGAGGAGGAGCGAAGCCCAGUGAUUCUGCACAGUUUCACCCAGCUGGACCCAGACCUGCCACCACCAGAGAGCUCAACACAGGAAAUCGGGGAGGAGGCUGAGGAAGAUGCCAUCUUCACCAUCACACUGAGGAAGGUGCAGCUCUACCAGUCAGCCAGCAAGGGGCAGCGCUGGCUGGGUGUGGACACAGACUCAGCCCUCAGCCUGUACGAGACCUGCAAGGUGAGGACCAUCAAGGCAGGGACACUGGAGCGCCUGGUGGAGUACAUGGUGUCGGCAUUCAGAGAAAAAGACUCCACCUACGUCACCAUCUUCCUCUGCACCUACAGAUCCUUCGCCAGCACCAGGCAGGUCUUAGACCUGCUGCUCAACAGAUAUGCAAAGUUGCAGAACGUACCUACAGCAUCUGCUCACAGAGUUUGUCAAGACGACUGCACAGAGCUCAGGAACACCGUGUCGUCCAUUCUGGGAGCAUGGCUUGAUCAGUACUCAGAGGACUUCUGGACCCCACCCAACUACGACUGUCUCCACCAGCUCCUGUCUUACCUGCACGUCCACUUUCCAGGAUCGGACCUGGAACUCCGAGCCCGGAAUCUGCUAGACCACUUCCACCGGAGACAGCAGUGUGAGCCUGAUUCUGAUGGGGACAACCUCGGCUGCCCGUUUGCCACUCAGGAAGAGAGCGGCUUUGAGGAUGAACUCCCUGCUUUUAGCUUUCUGUCUUUUGACCCCAUCACGAUGGCAGAGCAGUUCACACUCAUGGAUGCUGACUUAUUUAAGAAGGUUGUUCCGUACCACUGUCUGGGUGGGAUCUGGUCUCAGCGGGACAAGAAGGGGAAAGAACACCUGGCCCCCACCAUCAGAGCCACUGUGGCCCAGUUCAACUCCGUCACCAACUGUGUCAUCAACACCUGCCUAAGCAACCCAACUCUGAAACCCAACCAGAGAGCCCGGCUGCUGGAGAGGUGGAUUGAUGUAGCCCGGGAGUGUCGGAUCCUAAAGAAUUUCUCCUCGCUGCGUGCCAUUCUCUCAGCCCUACAAUGUAAUGCCAUCCACCGCCUAAAGAGAACCUGGGAGGAAGUGUCCCGGGAGAGCUUCCGCACCUUCAGAGAACUGUCUGAAAUCUUUUCGGACGACAACAAUUACUCGCUCAGCCGAGAGCUGCUAGUAAAGGAGGGAACGUCCAAGUUCGCCACUCUGGAGAUUAAUCCCAAACGGGCUCAGAGGAGACACCAGCAGCAGAGAGACCUGGGUGUGAUGCAGGGCACCAUUCCAUACCUUGGAACAUUUCUGACGGACCUGGUGAUGAUGGACACAGCCAUGAAGGACUACACUGAGGGAGGACUCAUCAACUUUGAGAAGAGAAGAAAGGAGUUCGAGGUGAUAGCUCAGAUCAAGCUUCUGCAGUUAGCCUCCAACAACUACAGCUUCACUCAGGAAACUCACUUCAGGGAGUGGUUCUCUAGUGUGGAGAAGUUCAGCGAGACCGAGAGUUAUCACCUGUCCUGUGAGAUCGAGCCUCUGUCGGAGUCGGCCAGUAACACACUGCGAGCCAAGAAGAAUGGUGGCAUCAUGAAGCGCUGGACCGAUCGGCAGUUGGUGGAGGGAUCUGCAGGGGCUUCGGGCUCUCACUCUAAGUCGUUUGAUCAAUCCCACUACAGACCGUACCAGGGCGGCGGAGACAGCUGUGAUGCCCUCAGUGUGACCUCAGUUAGCUCUAGUGGCUCAGACCUGGAAGAUGUCAAUGCCAGCUUCCUGUCUGACUCUCCUGAAGGUCACGAGAGAAAGACGUCGACCCCCUUAGUGAAACUCGGUGUCUCAGCCUUAAGAAGAGAAGUUCCAGCUGCUGACUCCACCUCCACUUUCUGGGAGUGUACAUCUCUGUCCUCACUAGACACCUCUAGGACAGGCUCGGGCUCAGGCUCCAGCAGCGCCUCCUCAUCCUCCGUGUCUUCAUCCACGCCACUGCAGGCAUCUCGCUCCCACAAACGCUCCGUGUCAGCCGUGUCCAACUACUCCACAUUGUCUCUGCCCCUGUACAACCAGCAGGUGGACGACUGCUGCAUCAUCAGGGUCAGCCUAGAUGUGGAGAACGGGAAUAUGUACAAGAGCAUCCUGGUGACAAGUCAGGACAAAACUCCGUCCGUCAUCCGAAAAGCCAUGAUCAAACAUAACCUUGAGCGAGAGAAGACGGAGGAAUAUGAGCUGAUGCAGAAAAUCUCUGAGGACAAAGAGCUGCGUAUCCCAGACAACGCCAAUGUAUUCUACGCCAUGAACUCCACUGCCAACUAUGACUUUGUUCUGAAGAAACGCGACAUUCCGCGACCAUUGAGGACAAAGACGGUAAUGAGCUCCACACUUCCACGGAUGAAACAGAAAGGUCUGAAAAUUGCCAAAGGAAUUUUCUGAGACGCCAUUUCCUGCUUCCUCCGCGACUUUUGUUCUCUGUCCCGUAUCUGACACUCCUGCUGCCGCACACACACCUCACAGGAAAAGGGUUUCCUUUUUGGAAAAUGGAUUGCAGUUUCCUGACACUGUUUUUUUUUGUUUGAAACACCUAAAUGAGAAGCUGCUCCUGUGGAAUCACAUGACCAGCAGCCUCUCAGCUUUUUAGUCCUGAGAGGAUUCGUAGGGGCAGGAUCUCACAGGACACACCCGUGAGGAAGGUACACAACACUGCUCCAAUGGCAAACUGUGGGAAAACUAAACCAUGUUUCUGGUCUACACGCGGCAGCUUUAAUUCAAUUCCAAUUCCAAAUGGAAAAAUUAAAAACAAAAAGUCAUGUGACUAUUAUAACCAUUUGUUUACAUCAUUACCUGAUUUUACCCAAAACCUCUAGCUGCUGUGAGGAAUGCACCUUCAGACUUUAACACUUAUGUUUGUCAUCCUUGGAAUUGGACCUGAAUAGAAAACACAGAGCUGCAUCAGAUAAUUGUGUUGCUCUGUGCUUUGUGGUAGAAAUGUUUUCAGCACAGACGGCAUUUCUGAUUUCCUUAUUUUCUGAUUUUGGAAGUUGUGUUGAGGACUUCACUGAUCUCAAUACUGCCAUGUCAAGUGAAGAUGAGGAGUUGGAUGUUCUGAGGGGACAGUAGUGUCGGAUGUUCUAAGGGAGAAAAAUUUCACAUUCUUAUGUUUUUGCCGAGUCAUUAAACUACUACAGGGUGAAAGAGGUGGGGUUUGGUCACCUGACACAUUUACAGUGAGAAGAACAAACUGAGUGUACAAAAAAAAGUCAAAUCAAUUUUUGGAUUUUGUUACUAGACUUGUUCAUGGUUGAUUUUUAUUUCUAUGUGAGUUUCCCAUCUCUCUGCUCUAAUUGCUGCUUCAGCUGCCAAUUAUCACCUCUCUGAUGACACCACAGGUUGUUCUCGUGUGGUGUCUCCUGAGGCUGACAACUGUGCUGGAAAACCACCAGAGUCACAAAGAGAAGAACAGUAAUAUUUGAAAAGAAAGGAAAUUCAGAUAAACCUUAAAUUGAUGGAAACCAGAGCUGAAAUAUUCACUGUCAUUCUCAAAAAUAAGAAAAAAUAAAAAAUGAAAACACUGCC